GUUGUUUUGAUGUUGGGCGGCAGGGAUGGCCUUCAUCGUCACAGAUCUGGUGGAGUGCCUGACGGAUAGCGCGUCCAUGGGCAUGAACCUGCUGGCAACGCUCACCGUCGUGUAUGGCGCACGCCACGCCGCCUCUGCGUCCACAGCCCUCCACGACCACGGCUCUGCGACAAGCACACGGCCCGGCAGUGAUGGCAGCACUCGUGGGGGCAGUCACGAUGCUGAUGGUAACAGCAUCGGCAGCAGCGGCGGCGGCAGUGGCGCCGCAUCAUGGAUUCAGGCGGUUGCUUUGCCGGUCUUUGGAUCAUUUGUGCUCCUCGCUUAUCGCUACUUCUUCCGAUACUUUGAGAUGUUUCUCAUGAUUGGGCUGACCAUCAUGGCUGGGAGCAGCUUCUUCUCCGUGGCGCAUCCCCCCUUUCGCUGGAUCGAGCGUCGGUGUUUCGGCUCCCACCACACGCACGGCAGCUUGUUAUCCUUCGUGGGGACCUUUGUGGCGACUGUGUUCGUGGUGGCUCGGUGGCUGACGACAGCACACUGGGCGUACACAGACGCGCUCGCCAUGAGCACCGCCGUCGCCUUGAUUGACAGCGUUCGGCUGCCAAGCGCCCGUAGCGCCACGUUCUUGCUCGUCGGCUUUCUGCUUUACGACGCGUUCUGGGUCCUCAUCCUCCCGUUCUUUGUCCACGACAACGUCAUGGCGGACGUUGCAUGGCAGCACGCGACCAACCCGCUGUCCUGGUUGCUUCACACGACGGGGUUCCGCCUGAACCUCCCACCCGUCUCCGUGCCCAUCACCCUCCAUGUGCCGAGUGUCGAGCUCACACACGCGACGGCUGUCCUUGGCCUGGCUGACAUUGUCCUCCCCGCCCUCUUUGCCGUGUACUGUCUGCGCUGCGAUGCCGUGCUGUCCCGCCUGCAUCCGCCGUCCCCGGGCCCGGCCCCAGCAGCGGCCUCGCGUGCAAUACGCGCGCGCGUGUACCACCUGUGGCACCGCCUCUUCCCGCGCGCCAUCGUCGGAUAUGCCGCCGGUCUCUUCGCAGCCAUGUACGCGUCUGCCCUCUUCCGCGCCGCGCAGCCCGUCCUCCUGUUUGUCGUGCCGCCCAUGGUGCUUCUACCCGCCAUGCUUGCACGCAACCAGGGUCAGUGGGGCGUGUUCUGGAACGGAGCGUUGCUCCACUUGGCCCUCCUUCACGACUCGGCCACCCUUACCGACGUCACCUUUAACUUAUCCUCACAAAAGUGACUCUGUGUGUGAGUAUGUGUGCAUGCGUGUGUGCGUGUGUGUGUGAGUACAUUUACUUUGCGUUUGUUGUGUGUGCGUGUGUGUCACUAUUUGACCCUUCUUUGACUUGUUGGUGGUGUAAUCGAUGUAGUCGCUGCUUGCAUAGGAAAAUUGCUUGAAUGCUGUUCUGUCUGAUAGAUGCUGGUUGAGCUUUUACUUGUCAUUGAGUCUUUCCACAAUUGUCACUGAGUCUUUCCACAAGCCGCACCCACCAUGUGAGCGUGCUUGCUUGCUCUCUUGUUCGCAAUCGCACAGCAAUCAGUUACAAUACCGCAUCACAACCCCUGAACAGAAAU